AAUUGAUUUUCGUGCCGUUGGAGAGCAGCGUAUGUGCAGGGUUCUUUCUGUUUUCCUUCCCAAUUCCCGUGAGGAGGAGAAGGAAUAGGAGGAGGACGCCGCCUCCACUGCUGCUGCUGUUGCGGCCAAUUCAUUUGCCUGAAAGUCGUGUUUUGCAUAACAAGAGAAAGGUGUGCGCCGUGCAUGCCCGGGGACAAGCGCUGAAGCAGCGGGGGAGGAGGCUUCUCCGGCAAGUAGCAUGCAUGGCUGGGAGCUCCGUUAAGAUGCAACCUGCGUGUGACAGGGCCGACUCGCUGCUCCAUGACCGUAACUCUACGGACGCCAGAGGCCAGGAGCAGCAAGUGCAGUUGCGGCAGAAGCUGAGGGAACUACCGACACUGCUCCGGAGUGGACUGACGCUGCGGAGAAAGCGCUCAGAUGGCGGAGGCCGGAUUGUAUCUAGGAGAAUUUCAAAUCCUUAUGUGGAAAAUCCUCCUAAUAAGAUUUAUGGAGAGGAUGCCUUGUGUGCUGGAAGAGCUCUCAGAAAUGUUUUUGUGUUACAAGCUUCUACUCUGAUAAAAGACAGAAUGUCUCUAAUGGGGCUUUGCAGACAAAGUUGCGUUGGAUCUGAACUGGUAGACUGGCUUUUGAAGUGCUGUACUUUCAUUAACAGCAGAUCUACAGCAGCUAGUAUCUGGCAGCUACUACUGAAUAUGGGAAUUGUGUUAACAGUGGAUAAGCAGAUAUAUUUUCUAGACAGGUAUGUUUUCUACCAGUUCUCAUCUGAUGAAUGCACAUACCUAUUCUGUGAAUAUGAAGGAGAAAAAGGAUGGAAAAACGGUGUGAAAUUUCUACUGAAGAUGGUGCCUGUUACUUCUCCAAGGAUGAAUAUGUGUAAGCUGGAUAACAGAAGAAUAGAAGAAACAGCUGAAAGCAAUGCAGAAAUUCUUGCUCGUCUUACAGCAGCAAUGCAGAGAGAACUGGCAACUGUUCUGGCUAUGAAGGCAAGAAAAUCAGCAAUGAAUCAAAGUUAUGACCUCUGCAGUGGAGAGGCAACAGUGCAAAAACCCCCAAAGGAUAUCUGUGAUGCACAGGCGGGAGUUAUGUGCAAGCUUCAAGAACGAGAAGAUAUUGGGCACAUCGAACUUGUCCAGAAAUUUGCAAAAGAAAAUUCUCAGGUUUCACAGGCAAACGAAAGAGAACCAGGGAAUACAGAUCAGCCGGAUGAUGAAGCGACCACUGUUCAAGUGAAGGAACUGGACCAAGAUGUGCUGGUGCUUAGGAGAGUGUUGUCACAAAGCCCAACCCCCACAUCUGGGAGUGCCGAGAAUGAUUGGAGAUAUGUUGUGGUGUCAGGGACACCAGAGAAGAUUUUGGAGCAUCUCCUGAAUGACUUGCACCUGGAAGAAGUACAGGACAAAGACACAGAAACUCUUCUGGAUGACUUCCUCCUUACAUACACAGUCUUCAUGACAACAGAUGACUUGUGUCAAGCUCUGCUGAGACAUUAUUGUGCUAAGAACCAUCAGGACAAGGAAAGAAUUGUUGAUAUUCCCUGUAGAAAGAGAAAAGUCUUGCAUUUGGUGUCACAGUGGACUUCACUCUACAAAGACUGGUUGCAUGAAGAUGAGCAUUUGAAGCAGUUUCUUAAGACAAUAUAUAGAAAUGUGUUAGACGAUGUGUAUGAAUACCCUAUAUUGGAGAAAGACCUGAAAGAGUUUCAGAAAUUACUCGGAAUGCAUCGUCGUCACACAGUAGAUGAAUAUUCACCUCACAGAAAGCAUAAAGCCAUUUUACAUCAAUAUAGCCUAAAGCAGAACUGGCUUCAGACCAGAGAAUCUGUGAAUGAAACAGAAGAAGUUUUUUGCCAUGUGUAUAUAACACAACAUUCUUACAUCAGUGUAAAAACUAAAUUAUCCAGUUCAGUUCAAGAGAUUUUGAAAAUUGUAGCAGAGAAGCUCCAACAUUCUCAGGAAGAUCUGGCUCUAGUGGCUCUUUCAUUCUCUGAUGAAAAACAUGAACUACGACCAUAUGAUCUAGCAAUCUCCAAAUCUCUUGAGUUAUCUGCUCGUAUGUUUGUAUUUCGAAGGGAUCUUACAGAUACUUUGAUCCCUUUUACUGAAAAUGAAGAAAUCCAACAACGAUCGGUGAAAAUUCUGGGGAUUAACACCUGGGACCUUGCUUUAGAAUUGACAGUUUUUGACUGGAAUCUUUUCAAUUUGGUUCAUGAACAAGAACUGAUAUAUUUCACCUUCAGCCGACAAGGCAAUGGGAAAAACACCGUGAAUCUUAGUCUUCUGCUUCAAAGAUGCAAUGAAGUUCAACUUUGGGUUGCCACAGAAAUACUACUCUGCAACCAGCUUUGUAAACGUGUACAACUAGUGAAAAAGUUCAUUAAAAUUGCUGCUCACUGCAAAGCCCAGCGAAAUCUGAAUUCAUUUUUUGCCAUUGUCAUGGGGCUCAACACUGCAUCUAUCAGCCGGCUUUCUCAGACAUGGGAGAGAAUGCCUGGAAAGUUUAAGAAGCUCUUUGCUGAACUUGAAAGUUUGACAGAUCCCUCUCUGAACCAUAAAGCCUAUAGAGAUGCAUUCAAGAAAAUGAAGUCCCCAAAGAUCCCUUUCAUGCCUUUACUCCUUAAAGAUGUAACAUUUAUACAUGAAGGAAAUAAAACAUUUCUGGAUAACCUUGUAAAUUUUGAAAAGCUGCACAUGAUUGCUGACACAGUCCGAUCAUUGAGGCAUUGUAGGCGUAACCAAUUUGGAAAUGAUAUACCCUCGAAAGAGCAUGAGGAGCUGAAGUCCUAUGUCCAUCAUUUGCAUAUCAUUGACAACCAACAGAUGUUAUUUGAGCUUUCUCACAGGAUAGAACCUCGUAUAUGAAUUCAUACUUACAUAAUUCCAGCACUUUCAGUUCAGUGAAUAUUUAUGUGCCAAGCAUUAUGUUUUCCUAAGAAAUUGAUGAUUACUGAGUUUUAUCAGUAAUUGGUGCCACAGUACGCGUUGGCCUCUCAUGCAAAGCAAGAGGAAACGAUCUUCACAACAACCUUACAAGAAGAAAAAUGCCAAAUCUACUUAGCUACAAAAUGAAGAAAUGAUUCGCCAUAUUAAAAAGCUCAUUUUUCUUGAAUUAUUUUGUUCAAAAUAGCUUUCAGUCCCAACUCAGUGUUAAAUUGAAAUAAGACCUUAUAAGGUCUAGCAGCACUGUUUUGAGAAAGGUGUUCAUAAUUUGGCACAUGGGGAUAUACCUCACUAAUCAUAAGCUGUCCUAAAAUGUUGACUGUGGUGCCAAAAAAAAAAAAAAGUAAUAGGGCAGGUAUUGAUGAAUCAUCCCCAAGAUAUGUGGUGGCAUCCACUUUAAGACUAAAUCUAAAGAAAGACAAAUUGUUAAAAUAUAGAUACCUAAAACAAUUUAUCAAAAUGUAAAAUUUAAAACAAGCACAGUUAAUACUUGAUUUAACAUCUUGUACAGUAUUCCACAAUGUGCUGCCUAAUAAAGUAAAAUAUCACAGCAUUAAUUAUGGUAAUGUAUGAUGUGCUUUCAUGCUGGAUUAGAAUUUAGAGCACUCUGCCUUUAAUACUUCUUAUGGGUAAUUCUUUUUAAACUUUAGAACCACUUCAAUUUUUUUGGUCUUUUCCUUAAUAUGGUAAUAGUAUUAGAGACAAGCAAUGUCACAACAGUGUCUUGCCUAUAGCUUUAUUUCAAUGAAUAUAGUUUUACUUCUGUGUUCUCUUCAUUGUGCUAUUACUAGAAAAAGAGCCAAGGUGGCGCAGUGGUUAAAAGCAGCACUGCAGGCUACUGCUAGAUCAGCAGGUCAGCGGUU